UUUACACGUGUCAAGAUGUAAAGUUGUGUCUGAAUCAGAGUUAGGUCCUCAAUCUGGAAAAGGGUUUGUCUUUCUUCUUCCUCUUAAUUAGUCUCUCUCUCUCUCUAAUUUUAUAUUCUCUGUAAUUCCAGCGAUAUUGCGGUAAUUAUUGACUCAGAUGGACUAUAGGUCGUAUGACGAGUCUGAUAUUAUCAUCAAUGACUAUGAUAACAAACUAUACGAGCAAUUGAGGGCCGGAAAGGGAAAGUACAAAUUAAAGUGUCUGAAUGGUACUCUUAAGUGCCCCUUUUGUGUUGGGAAGAAGAAGCAAUUCAACAAGUUUAAAGACCUUCUACAGCAUGCCUCUGGAGUUGCCAAAGUCGCAGCUAAUAGAAGUGCACAAGAAAAGGCAAACCACCUUUCCUUGGCAAAUUAUUUGCAGGAUGAGCUAGCAAAUGAAGAAGAUCUUAUCCAACAACUUGUCUCAACGUCAGUUCCAGAACAUGAUAAAGAAGCUGAACUGUAUGCGUGGCCUUGGACCGGCAUUAUUGUUAACAUUGUCAGUAAGGGUAAGGGUGAAUUAACCCUCCUUGAUUCUGAUUAUUGGCUGGCAAAGUUUGCCAAAUAUAGACCUUCCAAAGCUCAAACUUUUUGGAAUGGGAACAACCCUACUGCAGAGGUUAUUAUAGAGUUCAAUGACGAUUGGAUUGGUUAUAAUAACGUGAAUGAAUUUGAGAAGAAGUUUGAGAAGGAUGGUUUCAGUAAAAGACAUUGGAUAAAUGCGUCGGAAAUGCAUCAUGGCUCAAAUAUCUAUGGCUGGUGUGCUCGUGCAGAUGAUUAUAAUUCUGAGGGGCCAAUAGGGGAGUAUCUUCGCAAGAAUGGAGAGCUGAAAACUGUAUCUGACAUUGUCAACGAAGACGAAGCAACACAGAAGAAAUUGAAUGUUCUGGCACACCUAAGUAAUGAAAAUGAUAUGUUAACUGAGGACCUGGCUGAGCUAGAAUACAAAUGCAAUGAAGCAGCCUUGUCCUUAAGUAGGGUAAUUGAUGAGAUGAAGAAGGCUGAGCAAACUUUUUCUGAAGAAAGAAAGAAGUUGCAGGAUUUUGCACGUCAUCAAUGCCAAAGAAUUUUGGAUGAAAAAGAUAAAAUGAGUAAUGACUUGGAUAGAAUGAAAAAGGAACUUGAUUCUUGGAGCAAAGAAAUAAACAAGCGUGAAGCAUUAACUGAACAUGAAAGAAAAAAACAUGAGGAGGAGAAAAAGAAGAAUAAACUGAAAAACAAUUCACUUGAGUUGGCUUCAAUGGAGCUAAAAAAGCCUGAUGAGAAUGUCUACAGGCUGGUUGAAGAGCUAAAGAGGGAUGAAGAGGAAGCUUUGAAUAAAAUACUUCAGCUAGAAAAGGAGCUGGGUGCUAAGCAGAGAUUGGAAGUCGAAAUUAAAGAGUUGAGAGGGAAGUUAGAGAUGAUGAAGCAUCUAGAAAUUGAAGAUGAUGAAUCGGUUCAGAAGAAGAUGAAAGAAAUGAAUGAUGAAUUACAUGAAAAAGUGGAUGAUUUGGAUGGUUUGAAAUCUUUAAAUCAAACUCUUUUGACUAAAGAGCAUGAGAUCAAUGAUGAGUUACAAGAAGCUCGCAAAGCAUUAAUUGAGGGGUUGCCUGAUUUGUUGACUGGUCGAACUAACAUUGAGAUAAAAAGAAUGGGAGAUCUUGACAUUAAGCCCUUCCUCGACAUUUGCAAGCAACGAUUUCCAUUCGAGGAAGCUCAAGUGCAGGCCGCCACCCUUUGCUCCUUGUGGCAAGAAAAUUUGAAAAAUCCAAGUUGGCAUCCAUUCAAGGUGGUGACUAAUAAUGGGAAUCAUGAGGUAAUUAUAGACGAGGAAGAUGAGAACCUAAGAAAUCUCAAGGCGGAAUGGGGAGAAGAGAUAUAUGGGACAGUUGUUACGGCCUUGAAAGAAAUUAAUGAGUAUAAUCCUAGUGGAAGAUAUACUGUUCCUGAACUUUGGAAUUUCAAAGAAGGAAGAAAAGCCACUGUUAAAGAAGUUAUUACUUUUUCUCUCGUGAAUAUGACAAAACUUAAGCGGAAGAGAGCAUGGUAAAGGUCAAGGCCUGUAGUUAUAAUUAAUUAUAUUAAUUUAAAGUUAAGUCAUGUAUAGUCAAUAAAGUAUUUAUUCAUUUACCAAUUUAAUAUGUGUGGCUAACUAUAUGUUUUGAAGUUUCAUUAAACUAAUAAUGUCUAAUGUAACGUGUUUAACUUUAUAGAAUCUAAUGUAAAUUUACUUAGUUUUA